GGCUCGUCAGGCCGCGGGCGGGCCCGUGAUUUGAGGGGUUUGUGCUCAAGGGAGGCAGCCGCUUCGGUGCGGGUACGGAGGACAGCCUCCCGUCGGGGCCCUGCCUGGCCUCGCUUCGCCCGGGCGCCGAGUUAUGGAUCCAAGCUUACUGAGGGAGCGAGAGCUGUUCCGAAAGCAUGCCCUCUCCACGCCUGCGGUGGAGAAACGGCCGGCGUCAUCUGCUGAAUCCUCGAGCUCAAAAAAGAAGAAAGUAAAGGUAGAGCAGGGUGGCCCAUCGAGCUCAAAACAGAGCUCAGAUCACAGCAAUGGCUCAUUUAAUUUGAAAGCCCUUUCAGGAAGCUCUGGCUACAAGUUUGGAGUCCUUGCAAAAAUAGUGAAUUACAUGAAGACUCGGCACCAGCGUGGUGAUACACAUCCCUUAACUCUAGAAGAGAUUUUGGAUGAAACGCAGCAUUUAGAUAUUGGACUCAAACAAAAGCAGUGGUUAAUGAAUGAGGCUCUAGUCAACAAUCCUAAAAUAGAAGUUAUAGACGGGAAGUUUGCUUUCAAACCCAAGUACAACUUGAAAGAUAAAAAGGCUCUGCUCAGGCUCCUGGACAAGCAUGACCAGCAAGGGCUGGGAGGAAUCUUUUUAGAAGAAAUUGAGGAAGGGCUACCCAAUGCACAUAAAGCUAUAAAGGCUUUAGGGGACCAAAUUCUCUUUGUUACCCGCCCUGAUAAGAGGCAACUUCUUUACUACAAUGACAAGAGCUGUCAUUUCUCUGUGGACGAAGAGUUUCGGAAACUGUGGAGAAGCAUUCCCAUGGAUUCUAUAGAUGAAGACAAAGUUGAAGAGUACCUGAAACGACAGGGUAUUUCUUCCAUGCGAGAAGCUGGACCGAGGAAAAUAGCUCCUGCUCAGAGGAAGAAACCCACUUCUCAGAAGAAACGUCGAUUUAAGACUCACAAUGACCAUUUGGCUGGAGUCUUGAAAGAUUACUCUGAUGUCACUUCUGGCCAACAGUGACUGGCUGAAUUUUGAAGCAAACAGACGUUUUUCUACAGGCUUUUUGCCACGCAGACUCAGCGACUGCUUGCAGGAAGACUGACUCUGUAUAGUGAUGUGUUUCCUUCAUCCCAGUGACUGCCGAGAUGGAGCAGAUCAGUUUAAGAGCAAGUUUGAACUACUAAAUUUAGAGUUUAAUUUAAUUAGCUAAUUGGAAAUGUGUCUUCAAAUAAAAGGUUCGCUCAAAUUGCCUCUUGGCAUAGAGUGAUAAAUGGUGCUCAGCAUGAAAUACAGGAGUUCCUGUUCAGUGCUUAACUCUGCUUUUACAUUGCUUAAUGGGUGUUACCUGGAAUUACUUAAGAGGAGCUUUUUCAUAGAAUUGAAUACAGCAUUGUUGUACCUAUGGCAGGGAAACCUAUUCCUAAAAUCACUGCAGGCAAGUUUUUUUUACAGUCAAAUACACCCACAGUUUGUUUGUUCCUGCCUUGCUAUGGAGUUGAGCUUUACCGAACUGAUGGUACCUGAGGCUCUGACUCAGAACAAGCCCUCUCCAGAACUCCAGGCAGGCUGCAGGGGUGCACUGCAGCUGCUGCUUCGCAAUGCUCAUCAGAAAUUGCCCUCAGCUAUUCCUCCUCACUGUAGCGGAUGCACCUCUGUUACACAGGCAAUUUCUCCUCACUGUAGUGGAUGCACCAGUGUUGCACAAUUCUACUCAUGGAUAGGGGAAAUAAAUUGACAGUGUAAUACUGCAACUUUUUUCUUUUAUUUUAUUUUUUUUUUUUAAGUAAUAAACUUACAGUGCUGGUUUCCAGUGUUUCUUCCUUAAAGAAUGUGUGAGUUCAUACUUAUGUUUUCUUUUUCAAAGAGGUAAAGGAGUCUCUGUUGUGUUUUAGUCUUCUCAAUGAAUUAUUGUUCUGGGCUAACAUUGUCAUCUUUUAUCAUUCUUGUUCGGGGGAGGUAGAAAACCACCUUAAAAGAAAGCUUGCUGUAGAUGCCUGAUGUCAGUUGCAGUACAGACUGCCUAACAUGGAAUGUAGCCAAAUUAUGUUCUCUUGAUAACUUAUUUUUACAUACUGAACCAAAGUCAGUCAAUGCUGAUAUUGUUUUCACAGUACUGCAGCAGAGGGGCUGUUCCUCAGCUCUUCUGAGGUUAGGAUCAAAGAUAAAGCAGGUGAGUGUGAUACCUGCCAACAGUUUGCUGCUGCCUGCGCAUGAGCUGCUGUCUUACCUGAUGUAUCAGGAUUGGAGCAGAGGCUGCUGGAUCUGGGCACACCAACAGAUGAACAGAGGCUUUGUUGGUGGAAAUCUGAACAGAUUACGUCUGCUUGGGAAAGCAGGAGAAAUUAACUUCUGUAAGUGUAGCAUUUAUCCUUCUGUAUAGUGCACUGGCUUUUUAGAGAGUGCUCUUUUAUGAAGCAGGCACUUUGAACAUGGUACGUGUCAAUCCUGUGUAAAGAGAUGCUCAACACCAGUAGGAGGUUCCUUUUCUAUUUAUGUGUAUA